AAAAAGACGAUUUUUUUCCUUCCAAUUACGCAAAUCCAAGCUUCGGUUAAUCCGUAUUAUUAUCUAUCAGAUCAACAUGAAAGAAUAAUGUUUUUAUUAAGAUUAUGAGCAGUGAAGAAAAAAAGGGUUUGUUUUUAAUUUUAUGGAGUUAUCAGUUAUCACAUGUCCAACCCAUCUGGGGGAAUCUUUGAAGAAACCCUGCGUUUUGUGAUGUCAUAAGUGUUCUGCAUCUGGCGAUUUAUAUAUACUAGCUGUAGCUGUUAAUCCCCCCUUCGGACUAUGGCUUUUGGUUGCAAGAACCGCGGUGUCAGAGCCAGAAAAACACAGGCAUCCACCAGAGCCAGAUACCCAAUUUCUCUCACGCAAGAAGCUUCCCGGUAACGCCCUUCUGCAAUCGGCGCCUCUCUCUGCUCUGCCUGCGCAACCGCUUUCUCUUUUUCCCUUUUCUUUUUUUACCCACAUAACCCAUCACUGAGCCGCUUUAUUUUGUCUCUAUUUCGCUGGGAAUUGGUUUGGGAUUUUUGUCCGAUUGUGAUUGUGUUCUGGGUUGGGGGCUUUCUGUUUCAUCGCCCGUGUGUGUCUCUUUUUUGGUGAUUUGGAAGGUUUUUCUCAUCUGGGUCAGAGCUCAAUCGCGGCCCUAGGCUAUGAGGAAGAGGGAAAGAGAGAACCCUUGUGGGGUUUGUGGACACUAUCACAAAUACGAAGAAGGGGAAGUCUGUGGGAUUUGUGGUCAUCGGGUUCCCGCUACAUCCGAGAAAACGUCGUUGCAAGUCAGCGCGUUUCCUUCUGAGAUCCUGCCAGAAUUUCUUUAUUUGGGAAGCUAUGAUAACGCUUCACGCUCUGAACUUUUGAAGACUCAGGGAAUCUCCCGCGUUCUUAACACUGUGCCUGCUUGUCAAAAUCUCUACAAGAACUCCUUCACUUAUCACUGCCUCCAAUAUGAUAAGACCUUACCUUUUGAUGACGCAGUCGAAUUUCUAGAGCAAUGCGAAAGGGACAAGGCUCGUGUUCUGGUGCAUUGCAUGUCAGGAAAGAACAGGUCUCCAGCUAUUGUAAUAGCAUUCUUGAUGAAAUGCAAGGGUUGGAGACUUGCUCAGAGUUACCAGUGGGUGAAAGAGCGGAGGCCACCCGUUGACUUAACUGAGGCCGUGUAUCAGCAGUUGCAAGAGUAUGAACAGAAGGUCUUUGGAUCAACAGAAAAUUGCAUCCCAAACUUGCCAAUUUUCCCUCCUGUUGGUCUGCCUUCUUUUAGCUUCGGCUUCCCAAAGAGCAGCGACCCAGUUCCCAUAACUCCAUUCAACAGCAUCGGUGCCACAUCGAUCUUUUCCCGCCCUACCGUAGACGUACCUUCCCACGAGUUCACGUUCGGAGCUGGCCAGACUCAAAACAGUUUCUCUGGAAGCCCUUUCAGCGCCAAUCCAAGGAACUCGACAAGCAGCAACAUCCAAAUGGACAGUGCUUAACGUAAAAACUCCCAAGCGGUCACCAUCUCAAUAGUUUUGCAAGAUCCAUCCAUAGUUUUUUUUUCCCUAAAAAAUUGCCAACAAGUUUGUGAGUUGUGAUGAGUCUUACUGAAUUUGAGGGGUGAAAGUGUGAAACUGUAGGUCUGUAUGAUUAAUGGGUGUGGGUUUACAUUACUCUUUGGGUUUGUACCUCAAGUGCAGUGAGAUAUUGCUGGACUCAUCACUGAUCUUAUACAAUGUCACAAAAUAUCAGCAGCUCUCUCUCUCUCUCUCUUACCAUUUUUAGAUGAUUGUUUUGUGGUUGUCUUUUUGCCAUGAUGGGUAUUUGUUUGAUUUAGAGAAGAGAGAGAAGAGAGAGACAGGUGAUGCAGUUGUUAGAAUUGCUUUAUACAGAAUGUGGAAACAGAACACAGAACAGGGCCUUCUUUUGCAACUGCAA